AUGGCGUUUGCGACUGUGGGAACUCGUCUCUUGGCGCGAUUCACACAUCUGCUGGACGGAUUGGCAAACGUGGAAAUGACGAGCGACAGAUGGUACAAGAACAUUCUGCCCAUUGGUGCCCUCUUCUCUGCUAGUCUGGUCACUAGCAACAUGGCUUACUUGACCCUAAGUGUCAGCUUCAUCCAGAUGCUCAAGGUGAGCUCUUCUCGCCCUCUUAAGCACCUCGCCUAGAUCGGCUUGCACUGACGCCAAGCCCUCGUUGUCAAACAAAAGGCCUUUACACCUGUUGCAGUGCUGCUCAUCUCGUUCGCCUUUGGCCUCAAGCAGCUGAGCGGCAUGCUGGUCGUAAUUGUCGGAUCCAUCUCGUUCGGCGUGGCUAUCGCCUCAUACGGAGAGAUCGAAUUUGCGAUGGAAGGUUUCAUCUAUCAAGUAGCUGCAGUGGCUUUCGAGAGUUCUCGAUUGGUCAUGAUCCAAGUGCUGCUGCAAGGUCUCAAGAUGGAUCCUCUAGUCUCUCUCUACUACUUUGCGCCAGUCUGCGCAGCCAUCAACACGGCUCUAUUGAUCUUUACCGAAGGUCUGGCACCCUUCUUGGACAUUUCCAAGCUCGGACCUUUUGUCCUCGUCACCAACGCAGGUGUCGCGUUUGCUCUCAACAUUGCCGCCGUCUUCCUUAUCGGAGCGGCUAGCAGUCUCACCCUCACCCUGGCUGGCGUCGUCAAGGACAUCAUGCUCAUCCUCGCAUCCGUCUUCUUCUUGGGAAGCACCAUCACUGGACUGCAAAUCUUCGGAUACGCUAUUGCGCUAGGUGGUCUGGUCGCCUUCAAGACCCACAAGGGCUAA